CUGGCCGCAGAGUGUGACUGGAGGAGAGUCCUACUGGAAGAGAGUCCUGCCGGAGGACUUCAUGCAACCUUGCUGCUCCCUGCUGCUGCCAGGAUCAUGGUGACAGAGAAAGAGCUGGAGGCUAUUGGCCAGACACUGGUGGAUGCAGCGCAGCCCCUGCCAGCGCGCUUCCGGGCGCUCUUCACGCUGCGCAACCUGGGUGGCCGCGUGGCUGUGGACUGGAUCAGCCGAGCCUUUGGAGACAGCUCUGCCCUGCUGAAGCAUGAGCUGGCGUACUGCCUGGGGCAGAUGCAGGAUGAAGCGGCCAUCCCUGUGCUGGUCCAAGUGCUGCAGGACACCCACCAGGAGCCCAUGGUCAGGCAUGAGGCAGGUGAAGCCUUGGGUGCUAUUGGGAAUCCUGAUGUGCUGGAUAUCCUGAAACACUAUUCGGAAGAUCCUGUGGUUGAGGUGGCAGAGACGUGUCAACUGGCUGUGAAGAGGCUGGAGUGGCUUCAGGAGAACAAGGAGAAGCCAGGCGUCAGCCCCUACCUGUCGGUGGAUCCCGCCCCCCCUGCUGAGGAGACGGACAUUGUGGAACUCCGCGAAACCCUCCUGGACGAGUCGCGCACUCUGUUCGACCGCUACAGGGCCAUGUUUGCCCUGCGAAACCUGGGGGGCCAGGAGGCAGUGCUGGCACUGGCUGAUGGUCUGCAAUGCGGCAGCGCCCUCUUCCGCCACGAGAUCGGCUACGUGCUGGGCCAGAUGCAGCACGAGGCCUGCGUCCCACAGCUGACGGCCACGCUGCGGAGCUGUGCCGAGAGCCCCAUGGUGCGCCACGAGUGUGCCGAGGCCCUGGGCUCCAUCGCCCGGGCGUCCUGCCUGGAGACUCUGCGAGCCUUUGCCCAUGACGAGGAGCAGGUGGUGCGGGAGAGCUGCGAGGUGGCGUUGGACAUGUACGAGUAUGAGAACGGCUCCCAGUUCCAGUAUGCGGAUGGGCUCUGCAAGCUGCAAGCCUCUGCCUGAGCCCUCGCUCAGGGAGCACUGGCUGGGGUGAGCUGCCUCCUUCACCCGGGCCUGCUUUCCCUGUCCUAUGUAGCCGCCUCUAUCGACACACAGGGCCUACGAGGCCAGAUCUGUGCCCUGCUCUGCAUAGAUGAAGGAGGAACCGGCUUUUGCUCUCUGGCAAUAUUAUAGCCUGUUUCUUCAUCCAAAUCCAGGCUGAGCUGCUACUUGCCCGCUGUUUCCUGGGCCUGCCUCCCUUCUUCUUUGCUGGCAGGAUCAGCAUCGCCUGCCUGCAGCUCAUCUUGGGGCUGGGGCUGGGUGGGCUCUUCUCUGCGUGUUGGAGCCUAUCAUAGCUGUAUGGGGCCUGGGGCUGCUCUGGGACUGCCCUGCCAUGGCAGCUUGGUGCGAGAAGGCUCUGCUUACUUUGCUUUAGCUUUUCUGGAGGGGCCAGGGUUGGCUUCAGGCUGUCAGUCUCGUGGGUUGUAGCUAUGCAAUGUCUAGAAAUUGCUCCUGGUGUUGGUGCAGAGCCGGAUCCCUCCUUGCCAUCACAGCUGCUGGGAUGGUGGAGGAGCUGGUGUGGGUUUGGCCUCUCCUGUCAGGGCAGGCUUCUGUGCUUGCAGCAGCCUUUGCCCUGGGUUGGAGAUUGUUUCAUGGCAAAGUCUGGAAGAUUUGGCCACGUUUGUUCUUUCUGCAGGGC